AUGCGUGGCGCAACGAUCCUCAAAGCGGACGACGACAAGACAAGAGCGCUGAACAAGCACACCCUGAUGGCAUUUUCAGGGGAGGCUGGAGAUACAGUGCAAUUCGCGGAGUACAUCCAAAGAAAUGCUCAGCUCUAUUCGAUGCGAAACGAGACCGACUUGUCGCCCUCAGGACUGGCACACUUUGUUCGUGGAGAGCUGGCUACGAGCUUGCGAUCGCGCCACCCUUACAACGUCAACCUACUGAUGGGAGGAGUUAAUCCCAUUACGGGAAAACCUCACUUGUACUGGCUGGAUUAUUUGGCGUCCCUAGCCGAGGUUCCUUAUGCCGCUCAUGGUUAUGCGCAAUACUACUGCCUGUCUAUCCUGGACAAGCAUCACCACCCUGACAUUACUCUCGGCCAGGGCAUCAAGCUUCUGACGAUGUGCACGGAUGAGCUGAAGCGACGGUUACCGAUUGAUUUCAAGGGCAUGGUGGUCAAGGCAAUCAAGGCAGACGGAAUUGUAGACAUAGUACUGGAUGAUGACAAAGUUGUGAAGAGCGCUUAG